AGCGAGACCAACAGUACACAUAGGAAGUUGCGGCCUCAGAUUACUGCUUAGUCACCGGCCCACUGAGACCAUUGCUCAGGUUUUCGGCUUGAUCUCGAAAACCUUCACCACCACAACUCCACCUCGACAACCGCAACAAUGCCUUCCGACAAUCUCUCCACGCCGACCCAGGAGCAGAUCCUCGUCCCGGAGACGCUCCUGAAGAAGCGCAAGUCGCAGGAGAAGGCCCGCGAGGAGCGCUCCGCCGAGCUUGAGAAGAAGAAGAAGGCCCAGAAGGAGAAGCGCGGCGUCAUCUUCAAGCGUGCCGAGAAGUACGUUAAGGAGUACCGCGAUGCUGAGCGCGAGAAGAUCCGUCUUGCUCGUCUCUCCAAGCAGGAUGGCUCUUACUACGUGCCUGCUGAGGACAAGCUUGUCUUCGUUGUCCGUAUCAAGGGUAUCAACAAGAUUGCACCAAAGCCCCGCAAGAUCCUCCAACUCCUCCGUCUUCUCCAGAUCAACAACGGUGUUUUCAUCCGCCUGACCAAGGCCACCCUCGAGAUGCUCAAGAUCGUCGAGCCAUGGAUCGCCUACGGUUACGCCAACCUCAAGACCGUCCGCGAGCUCAUCUACAAGCGCGGAUACGGAAAGGUCGACAAGCAGCGCAUUGCUCUCACCGACAACGCCAUCGUCGAGGCCAACCUCGGCAAGUACGGCAUCGUCUGCAUGGAGGAUCUCAUCCACGAGAUCUACACCGUCGGACCCAACUUCAAGCAGGCUUCCAACUUCCUGUGGCCAUUCAAGCUCUCCAACCCUACCGGUGGCUUCCGCACUCGCAAAUUCCGCCACUUCGUCGAGGGAGGUGACCUGGGUAACCGCGAGGACAAGAUCAACGCUCUCAUCAGACAGAUGAACUAGAAAAUAUAAAACAAUAGUUCGCUGCAUGGUGAUGUGUGUGUCAGGAACCGGGAUGGGAGUCUUGCUUGCUUCUUAGCUAUAUUUUAGCAUGAAUGGCGUAACCACGGCAAUACUGAUCUCGAUUCAACUUCAGUAUAAAAAUGACUUUUUUAUGAUAUCAAAUUUUUUAAAUUUUCAGCGAUGUAGUAGCGUGAUUUCCGAUUUCCGUCCCUUUUCUCUCUCUCUCUCUCUUCUCUACCCAUGCUUUCUUCGCAAGUUUUUAAAUAAUACAAUUCCGCCCCUCUUUUCACC